AUGUCCUACCAGCAGGAACGCUACAUCGCCGAGCUCGCCGUCCAGCGUGCCACCCUCCUCACCCAGAAGGUCUUCAACGAGAAGGCCAAGGGCACUGUCUCCAAAGAUGACAAGUCACCCGUUACCAUUGGCGACUUCGGCGCCCAGGCUCUGAUCAUCCAAGCCAUCCGCAAGAACUUCCCCAAUGAUGAGAUCGUCGCCGAAGAGGAGGCCAGCAGCCUUCGGGAGGACAAGGCGCUGAGCGCCGAGAUCUGGAGACUGGUCCAGGAUAUCAAGUUGGUGGACACUGAGAGCGACAACCUCCUGGGAGGCCCUCUGCCUAGCGAAGAAGCGAUGCUGGACAUCAUCGACCAGGGCAAGAGUGCUGGCGGUGCCAAGGGUCGUAUCUGGGCUUUGGACCCCAUUGACGGCACCAAGGGUUUCCUGCGCGGUGGUCAGUACGCCGUCUGUCUCGGUCUGAUUGAAGACGGUGAUGUCAAGGUUGGUGCCAUUGGCUGCCCUAACUUGCCUGUUAACGACGCCGAGACCAUGUCUGCGGGCAUCGGCGCUGAGCAGACCAGUGGCACUGGCAAGGGUGUCCUCUUCUCCGCCAUCCAGGGCGUUGGUUCCAUCAGCCGGCCCCUCACCAACGGUGCUCUUGCUGAGAGCAAGUCCAUCUCCAUGCGCCCCGUCCCCGAUAUCGCUCAGGCCGUGUUCUGCGAGGGUGUCGAGGCCGGUCACUCCGCUCAGGACGACAACGCCGCCGUUGCUAAACUUCUCGGUAUUACCUCCCCCAGUGUGCGUCUGGACUCGCAAGCCAAGUACUGCUCGAUUGCCCGCGGUGCUGGUGACAUCUACUUGCGCCUGCCGGUGAAGAAGGACUACCAGGAGAAGAUCUGGGACCACGCCGCUGGUGACCUGAUCGUGCGGGAAGCUGGUGGUCAAGUGACGGAUAUCUACGGCCAGAGACUGGAUUUCAGCAAGGGCAGGACCCUGGCGGCCAACAAGGGAGUUGUCGCGGCCCCCAAGGCCCUCCAGGACCAGGUCAUCGGUGCUGUGAAGACUGUUCUGAAGUUGUAA